UAACAAACUCUCCAAUUUCCCAAACGCCUCGGCCUCCUAAAAUCAAAACAAAGUCAAUAUGGGGAGGUGCUUUUUCUUCUUUGUCGUCUUCUUCCUCUGGAUUCUGUGGAUUCCGAGCAUCGUACUCCAAAGCAAGCCUGACUCAGCUUUACCGCUGUACACCGAUUCACGGUGGAUUGUGGACGAUGAAGGGCAAAGGGUAAAGCUGGCAUGCGUGAACUGGGCGUCGCACAUGGAAGCUGUGGUGGCGGAGGGACUGAGCAAACAGCCCAUGGACGCCAUCUCCAAGAUGAUCAAAUCCAUGGGAUUCAAUUGUGUUAGGCUCACUUGGCCACUUUUUUUGGCCACCAACGACUCUCUCGCUUCUCUCACUGUCCGACAGUCCUUUCAGAGUCUUGGGCUGUCUGAAUCCGUUGUCGGAAUCCAGGCCAACAACCCCUCCAUCGUUGAUCUUCCCCUCUUACAAGCAUUCCAGGCGGUAGUGUCUAGCUUGGGGGCUAACAACUUGAUGGUGAUAUUGGACAAUCAUAUAAGCAAGCCCGGAUGGUGUUGCAGCAACUCUGAUCGGAAUGGGUUCUUUGGCGACCAGUAUUUCAACCCGGACCUCUGGAUUGAGGGGCUAACUCAGAUGGCAACCAUCUUCAAUGGCGUGGACAAUGUUGUCGGCAUGAGCUUGAGGAAUGAGCUUCGAGGCCCCAGACAAAACGUGUAUGAUUGGUACAGGUACAUGCAGAAGGGAGCAGAAGCAGUGCAUGCAGCAAACCCAGAUGUUCUGGUCAUUCUCUCUGGCCUCAACUACGGCAAAGACUUGUCAUUCCUCCACAAUCAACCAGUGGACCUCACAUUCACGGGAAAGCUAGUGUAUGAGACGCACUGGUACGGUUUUUCAGAUGGGAUGGCAUGGGAAUCUGGCAACCCGAAUCAAGUGUGCGGGAGAGUGGUAGAUAACAUGAUGAGAUUGUCAGGAUUUUUGUUGGAACAAGGAUGGCCGUUGUUCUUGAGUGAGUUUGGGAUAGACCUAAGAGGUACCAGUGUGAAUGACAACAGGUAUAUGAAUUGCUUCUCGGGUGUGGCAGCUGAACUUGACCUGGAUUGGGCCCUCUGGACACUGGCUGGGAGUUAUUAUAUGAAAGAGGGAGUUACUGGAUCAAAUGAGAACUUUGGUGUGCUUGAUUGGAAUUGGUGUGAUACACGAAAUGCAUUCUUCUUGCAAAGGAUCUCUGCUCUGCAAUCUCCUUUUCGAGGGCCUGGUCUAUUGCAAACUAAACUACACAAAUUAAUCUUCCAUCCAUCAACUGGUCUGUGUGUUCUAAGAAAAAGACUGCAGGAGCCAUUAAGGUUGGGUCCCUGCACAGACUCCGAUGGCUGGAACUACACACCACAGAAAACUUUAACCGUAAAGGGAACAUAUUUCUGCCUACAAGCACAAGAUUUGGGAAAGCCAGCUAGACUUGGCAUAGUCUGCAGCAGUUCUGGUUCAAAAUGGGAAACCACCUCGGAUUCAAAGAUGCAUCUCUCAACCAAGCUUGACAGUGGUGCUACCGUUUGCCUAGAUGUAGACUCCACUGAUACCAUAGUCACAAAUACUUGCAAAUGCAUAAGCAGAGAUGAUGUGUGUGACCCAGGAAGCCAGUGGUUCAAGCUUGUUGACAGUACAAGAAGUUCAAGCUCUACAGAAUCAUUCUGAUAAAGCUCAAUCUUGGCUUUGCCUGGUAAGGAUUCUAUAUGGAUGCUUUUAUGAUCAGCAAUAGAGUAACCAGACAAGCCAUUCGCAACUGUAAAGAUAACCAUACCUCAUGUAAAUUGUGAAGCUCCUCCAUAUGCCCAUAUAUAUUAGUCCCAAUACAACAAAAAAAAGGAGGAAAAAACCCAAACGGUUAGAAUCUAGUUUAAGAAGCAAAGAUCAGUGUACUUGAGCUGAUUAUCUAUAACACCCUGCUCCCCAUAGUUAAUAAUAAAGUCAUUUUUAAAAA